ACGUUGCCUUUAUUUAUUUAUUUUUUUUAUUCCCGCGGAUGAUAUAGUUGGACUCCAACGUGUUAGCAGCAAAACUUACUUUCACACGGCAUUAUGUCUUUCACAGACGACGAAUCGUUUGAUGUCGACUUGGCGAGCCAAACAAAGCUGGAGAGCUUCCUGUUCAGUUGCGAGCUUUCCUCCAAAGUUCCUUUUUACUGCUUCCAAGGAGAUGAGGACGACGACAUGGAGCACUUCGUUGAGCUCAGAACGGUAUGCUUGGGGGAAAAUGCCCUGGAGGAGAGUAACAUAGUGGAGGUUACAGCCAUGAAUCACCAAGGAAAGACAACUUCAGUGCCCAUUGCUAACCUCCACAUCAACUGCCUCCCAAUGGUGAGCUUGGGUGAAUUUGAGCUCAAGGCACCGGUGACGAUCCGCUUGAAGUCUGGCUCAGGACCAGUGACCAUCAGUGGCCUGCAUUUAAUUGCUUCAGAGAUUGACGAGUCCGACUUGGAAGAAGAAGAGGAUGAAGAUGAGGACGACGACGAAGACGACUCGGAGGAGGAUGAUCUCAGCCCCGUUAAACCAGCAAAGAAGAAGAAGAAGCAGUAGCUGCCUCAUUAGCCCUCUCUUCACUGUUGUUGAUACAUUUCAGGAAAUAAUUAAUGGACCAAGUAUUUGUACACCGAAUGGAACAAUUGAAUCCCUUCUUUUGCAAGGAAAUAAAAGUUUGCCUCCACCUGCUUCUGUUCU